CACUGGUCAGCUUUUCCUUGUGCCGUUCCUUCGCUUUUUCGCUUCCCCCUUUUUCUCUUUCUUUCUUUAUCAGCUGAAAUAAUGACUGAAGCGCCUCGGCGUUCUAGGUCACGCUCGGCCAAUACGACACCUCGCAUGGCCCCUCAACAAGCUCCGAUACCAGGAACUCCACCUCAGAUGCAAGGAUACCCGGCGGGUGGGCAGCCCCAAGCCCAACCACCACUACCCAAUCAACAACAACAAGCAGCUAUGAAUCACCAAAACAUGGCUGAAGGACCAGGAUACCCGAACACACCUUAUAUGCAACAACAGCAAAUGGGUCAACAAGGGGAACGAGGAAUAUUUAGCGGUUUUAGAAGAAAAAUGCGCGAAGCGGCUGGGUUCAUUAACACCGACCCAUAUAGUGAGCGAGCUUAUGGACCUCAGAUGAUGCCACCUCAUCAGCAACCAAUGCAGCAUGGAUACGGAAAUGGUGCAGCAUCACCCGGUGCUUAUGCCGCAGCGCAACAAUACCCUCAACAAGGACAUAUGCCACAGCAAAAUCCUCAGAUGAUGCAGCAGCAGUAUAUGCAACAGCAGUACGCACAACAGCAUAGUCCACAAUAUAUGGGUGCGGCAGGGAAUCCUUACGGACACUCUAUGGGCUAUGCCCAAACACCUGUCAUGAUGCAACAACAAUCUUAUGGCGGAAUGGCAUAUCCGUACGGCCAAUCAGGCGGCUAUUAUAAUCGAGGCUCUUACGGAGGAGCUUAUUCACCCUAUGGUCAAUCGUAUGGUGGAGGAUAUGGAGGAGGAUACGGAGGAGGCUAUGGAUCUGGCGCAUAUGGAAGUAGCUAUGGUUAUGGCGGCGCCGGCGCCUACGGUUCAUAUGGCAUGGGAGGAUAUCCAAACACCUAUGGCUAUGGUGGUGGUGGUGGUGGAGGCUAUAUGGGCUAUCCUCGACAAGUGCCCAUAUACGACGAGCAUGGCAAGCGCAUCCACCCUGAGCAUAAUUACGUCAGCUCGGUUAAAGACUUAUGGUCUAGCGAUCUUCUCUAACAGUACUGUAAGGAGCGCAAUAAUAACAACAACAACAACAACCCCCAAAAAUUUUUUCUUAAUGUUGAAAGGGAAAAAUGUAGCUUUGUAAACUGUCAGGGAAUAUCAUCUCUCGCUCGCUGUCUGUAAUAUACCAUCUUAUUUUGCUCUUCAUACCGACUCUUCAUAUCGAAUUUCCAUAGUUCAUUAUUUUUUAUCCGUUUUAACAUUCUAGAUUUGUGAAAUUGUACACUGUUGUCUGUGAACGGUGGCACUGAGAAAUUGCCAUCAUUUUUGGUUUCUUCACUGGUGUUCUUUCUUCGUUUAUCUCUUAUAUUUCUCAACACAAUAUUUCUUUAUCAUCCAUGAUUAUAGGAAGAUCAUCAACUGUAAUUCUCAUAUAAUUAUUUUGCCAUGGAUGGUAGAUUAAACGAUCUUCUCAGUCCAACUUCCUAUCGUUUGUGAAAACUUUAAUAAUAUUAUU